AUGUGGAGUACCUCUGUAGCACCUCCGGGUGGUGGAAGCACCCUGAAGGACCUACGUCACAUGGUUCCUCCCCUACAGGAGCUCCGGACACAGGUCUUCGGGGCAGCGGACUUGCUCACUUUUUCGUUGACUGAGUGGCUGGGUCAGCCCUUUUCCUUCCACGAGGCAGGGACAGCCUUAGCCUACGGCCUCAAGGCCCACAACUCCAGUACGAAGGGCCUUGUCAUGUGCGUCCAGGCUUACAUUCUCAAACACCUUCUCUUCACCUCACACAAAUCAGGAGCCGUGGGAGAUGUGCUCAGGCUGCUACGGACGUCCAGGAGGGCUCAGAUGGACUCUCUCGUGGCAGCGUUGAGCGACAUCCUCUGGAAAGCCGGAGAGCGACAACACGCCGUCCUCUGCCUCACCCAGGAGGAGAACUACGUUAACGACAAUCCCUCCUACAUAUACGACGGCUGCACUGAGAAGGUACGACUCAUGCCAGCAGGUGGGCACGACCAGAGAAUCGUUAUCUUCGAGUUCGCGAGAUAUGACGAAUUGAAGUUCACCAUUAAGAAGCAUCUUUAUGAGCUGGUGUCAGAGAAUGGCAACGGACUUCUGCUGUUCCUGUACAGUCUUAUUCUCUCUCGCACCUUCCCCAGGGUGACUGAGGACUUAGGAGGGGAAACUGUGACAUUCUUGUUCACCAACGGGGCGAUCCACCCGAGUUUGGCCACUCUGAUGCUGACGGGCCGCGCCACACUCUUCCUCCAUAACGGCAUCAUCUACGAGGGCAGCGAGGAUACCAUGGCCAAACCUAAAACAGGCAUCGUGACCCGGGCGGAGCUGGGACUCUUGGCGUGGAAGCGAGAGGAAGGUUGUGAUCAGAUCAAGAUAGGUUCACGGAUGAAGACUCCUACUCUCCCUAUAUGGAUCUCUCGCUGUAAUGACUCCUACGGUCUCCUCUUCAACCCUAAUAAGGACCUCUUACGAGACUAUCACGCCGAGAACAGGUUUGAUCUUUACUACUACUCCUGCAACUCCAGCCAGACAGCGGCCACCGUCCUCACUAUCGACACCCGCGCCCACGCCUCCAAGGACGAACACCAGUCUCCGUCCCUUGAGAACCUCAUACACACUAAGUGGCAAGAUGCGGAAGUUAGCUGGAAUGGCACCGCACCAUAUGUGUAGCAGACGUGUCCGGAUUCUCUGGUCACCUCCGGCUAACAAGUUGGGCCUCUAACCCAUCCUGUAUAGUAGUCUCGCCGCCUGCGUCUACUACAUACUUCUUCCAAAUUCUUCUUCUUUGGUCUACUACUACACCGUCUGCGUCUCUUACUUCGUCUUAGCCGCCAAGAUCUUCCUCUACCAGCUCCUGCACCGCAUAUCUACUAACUCUGCUGUAGUGUUUGUCUGGACUUUGACUGAGCUACAUACAAUCGUGCAGCAUCUUCACACCACACUGUUCCGGUACACCUCAGCCGUCUUGUUACCUUCCACCACGAAACAUUGUGAUGGCGUAUACUUUCCUCUCGCUGUAACAAUCAUAAUGAGACGUGAAGAACAGUUUACGAUAGAAAAUAAUCAUCCCCAAUGUAAAAGGAACAGUAACUUAAAUCCUUGUAGGAUAUUUCCUUAAGGAUGUCGUUUAGGAUUAAGAUUUAGGUGGCCGUGUAACUGUCAACCCCUCAACAGUGAAGGAGAGAGUUCAGCGGACUGGGGUAACCUGUAUGGUGUUUACUGUUAUUAUUUCCCACAGGUGUACUCUGGGCUUUCCUCAGGUACAAUUAUGUAUGAACUUAAACUGAGAGUACAGGAGAGCCAAAGCAAGAUAACAAUAAACACGUGUAAUUAAUAGCUCCUGGAUUGAUAAGACCAUUAAUGCAACAGUACAGAGACGUCUUAUAUCCUCAUAACUUACUAUAUAGGAAGUGUCAUAUUACACACACACACACACACACACACACACACACACACACACACACACACACACGGCAUGACUCCUAGGAAUAUUGACCUAACCUUCAUGGUGGCUGUGAUAGCAUUUGUUUAGUCAAGCACACUUAAGGUAUUUAUUGGUGUGUGUGUGUGUGUGUGUGAGUGUAUGUGUGAGUAAUGAGCGCUGCAGUCAUUUGGUAUUUAACAAACAAACAAUAAAUUAUAAUGCACGUUUAGGUAAGAUAAGAAAAGGUUUAAUAGCAUGCUUAAUAGGAUAUCGCUGGCAAGGUAAGAUUCCACUAUUCAGGUAAAUCUAAUAAGGCUCGGCUAUCAGGGUAGAGCUUUAUAAUGCUCGUUUAUGGAGGCGGUGCUCGGUUAGGUUCGCCUUUUAGAUUACUUCCAUAAUUCUUGGCUGUCAAGGUAGGAUUCCAUAAGGCUCGGCUAUCAGGGUAGAGCGUAAUAAUGCUCGAUCAUAGUAUUAUAAAGCUUAGCUAUCAGGGUAGAGUUUAAUAAGGUUCGAUUAUAGUAUUAUAAGGCUUAGCUAUCAGGAUAGAGUUUAAUAAGGUUCGAUUGCUAUGGUGGAGCAUUAUAAGUAUCAGUUAUCAAAUUAAUUCCAUAAUACUUGGUAGAAACAAAAUAAAGCUUCAUAAUGUGUCGGCUGUCAAGGUUGAUUUCUAUAAGUCUUGGCUAUCAGGUCAUACUUUCAUAAGACUUUAACUAUGCUGUGUAGAUAUUAAUCUUAAGGAGGACAACUCUCAGGGUAGAGUUUUUAAGGUUCCAUCAAAGUAGAGUUAUUUUAUAUAGAAUAGUUUUAAAAAGUAGAGUUAUUUUAUAUAGAAUAGUUUUAAAAAGUAGAGUUUUCUAUUUUGCAAAUUUGAAUAAAGAGCUUUUUUAUUUUAGUUGAAAGAGCAUAGUUUUCUAGAAGUCAGCUGUGUUAAGUAGAGUUAUCGAAAUGAAUAUUAGGAAAUAUUUACGAAGAAAUAUAUCCAAUUUAGUCACACAGAAAAAAAAAUGAGAAUAAAAUCAAUAUAAAUUACCUUAUGAUUUUCUUCAAUAUCAAGUAGUGGUGGAUGAUUUAUAUAAUUUUAGAUGAUAUUUAAUCUAGUAUAUACAGGUAUAUUAGCAGCAAGUCACCAGGUGUAUCAAAAGAGUUGUGAUCUAUAUCAGGCAUGGGCAACCUUUCCUCAGUCAUGGGCCGCAUUACGAUUUAGGUAUUUUUCAGCAGGCCAACCCACUAACAUUUAUAUCCCACCGAACCCAAAAGUAUUGCUAUUAUUGUAUUAGCAUGGACAGUGAAGCAGUUUAUUCUCACGUCUACCUAAGGAUAUUUUCAAUUUACAAUCAGACUUUUUUCCCAUUAAUGAAACAAAUCCAUCAUGAUAAUUUUUAAAGUGCUAUGUUAAUGUUUCUUGGCAUUUAACAGAAGAUAAGUGAAGCAGUCUGUGAACACGUUGAUUUUUCCUACAGUUACAGUAUUUGUCUUACUUAUGAAACACACCCACCAGAAUAAUGCCAAUGUUAAUCUUGGCAUAUGAGGAACUACAAUGAAACAACCUGUAGGCACGUCUCUCUCCGAAACUAUGGUCCAUGAUUCGAUUGUGGGGUAAUUAUUGGUCGUAAUGACGCUUACUAAAUUUAACUACAUUAUUUCAAUGCUAAUUACUCGCCAACUAUGUGUUUCCAUGGUGCGGUUUGGGUUUUUGUGUUGUUCUGGAAGUACUUAAUUAGUUAACUCAUACUAGUUUAAAAAAAAAUUCUAGUGUUGAC